GGGCUCUGCCCCCUCUUGUAGUGCGGCGGCGGAGAGGGGAGGGAACGAGAGGAUGGGGAAGGGCGGCCGGCGUUUGGCGCUGCGCCCCUGCGGCGAGCGAGACGGUUCAGCACUGUGAAGAGCCGGAACGGAGAGAGGGAAUCUGCAGCGGUUCCAGCACGCACACACAUACACAGCCCAGCCAUGAAACAGGGGCUCCUGGAUAUCAUGCGGAUGGGCAGAAAAUGCCGCAUGGUGCUCGCUACUUGCCUGGGAUCACUUGUUCUGGUCAUCUUUUAUUUCCAAAGUAUGUUGCAUCCAGUGAUGCGCCGGACACCAUUUGGGAUGGACGUCUGCUGCAGGAAAGGAUCAAGGAGCUCUCUGCAAGAACUCUACAAUCCAACCCAGUAUGAAUUCUCAAGCACAGAAGUCAUGCAUCAGCUAAGAAGAAACCUGGUUGCACAGACGUGUCGAGCGAACAGUGCCAAGAGCCGCAAGCGUCGGGUUUUAACACCCAACGACCUCAAACAUCUGGUGGUGGACGAGGAUCACAAGCUGAUCUACUGCUACGUGCCCAAGGUGGCGUGCACAAACUGGAAGAGGGUGAUGAUGGUGCUCACAGGCCGCGACAAGUACAGCAACCCGAUGGAGAUUCCGGCCAAUGAGGCUCACAUCCCGUCAAACCUGAAGACGCUCAAUCAAUAUAGCAUCUCAGAGAUCAACCACCGGUUGAAAAGCUACCUGAAGUUCAUGUUCGUACGUGAGCCCUUCGAGCGGCUGGUGUCGGCCUACAGGAACAAGUUCACCAGAAGGUACAACACGUCCUUCCACAAACGCUAUGGCACCAAGAUCGUCCGACGGCAGCGGAAGAACGCUACCCGGGAGGCCCUGCGCAGCGGUAAUGAUGUGAAGUUUGAGGAGUUUGUGGGCUACCUCAUCAAUCCCCACACGCAGAGGGAGGAGCCCUUCAACGAGCACUGGGAGACCGUCUACUCGCUCUGCCACCCAUGUCACAUCCACUACGACCUCAUUGGGAAAUAUGAAAGCCUGCAGGAGGAUGCCAACUAUAUUCUGCAUUUGGCCGGAGUAGACAACUUAGUCAAAUUUCCUACCUACGCCAAAUCCACCAGAACUACAGAUGAAAUGACAGCUCAGUUCUUCCAGAACAUUAGCUCAGCCUUCCAAACUCAGUUGUUUGGCCUCUACAAGUUAGAUUUUAUAAUGUUCAAUUACUCUGUGCCAAGCUACCUGAAGUUGGCGUGAGAGUAUCCACCCAGUUUAUUUAAAAUUUUAUUUGUUAUUAUAAUGGCAUAAAAAACAGAUUUUCUUCUUGUAAAUGUAAUGAAGAUUUGCUAAUUUGCUGCGAGCAGCAAGAAGCGAAAUUUAUUUAAGUAACUUUGUAAGAAAGGAUCUCUUCCUCUUUCCUGUUUCAUAUUUGCCGUAUCGUUUAAAAAUGUAUAAUUCAGCACAGAUAAGAUGGGCCAAAGGGUCUGUUUCUACGACUCUCUUUCUCACCCCCUCUUACCCCCUCUCUCCUACCCUCUGCUUUUCUUUCUCUCUCCCCCUCUUUCUUUCUCUCUCUCAUUCUUCCCCUCCCCUCUCUCUCUCUCUGCAGUUAGCCAUCUAGUUUCAAGAAGUGCUUUGCUGUGCUGAUUUGCAGCCUCUUGACUCAUUUGUGUAAGAUAAGAGGCUCUGUGAUUCCUGUUGGAGAUGUUUUGCCUGCAAAGGAUUCCCCAAACUCAAGCUUCAGUGAGGAAUGCUGUUAAUAUCUCACCCUUAAUGUGUGCAGAUACUCUCUGGGGGACAAGACUGUAACAAAUGGCUUGUGAACUGCAAGGGAUCUUGUUUCACAUUUGCCGUAUCCUUUAAAAUCAGCAUUUCAGCAAUUAGUUUUAAGUGUUUUUGGUGAUUUUAAACCGCAAUUACGGUCAAUUUUUCUUUUAAGAAAGCUAACAUAAAGCCUCUGUCAACUGAUGCCAGAUCUCAGAUUAAUAACAGAUUGGUUUCUGAGUUACUUAUAGUUCCUUAAGUUCCCCUUGUGCACACACAAAAAUUCCUCGAGAUGGCUUUGUCGUUCUUUAAGUGGCUUCAUCUGCCCACAAAGCAUGUGAGGGAACCUCGGCCAAGAGGGCUCGUCCUUCCUUUGUGGCUACAGGCCACAUCUAACAGUAUUUACUGGAUAAUCUGCUCUCCUAGUCCUGCUGUAGGGUCUUGCCUAGAUGGACAAGGGAGGAAUGAGGGUGUGUUAUAAUAAAACAAAACUGCAGAUGCUGGAAAUCUGAAAUAAAUCUGUAAAUGCUGGAAACUCCCAUAUCAGGCAGGUCAUUGAAAGAAAAACUGAAUGCUUCGGCUGGGAGGGCUCUUUGACCUGAAACACUCUGUGACCAUUUAUUAGAUACACCUGUACACCUGCUCAUUAAUGCAAAUAUCUAUUCAGCCAUUCGUGUGGCACUAACUCAACGCAUAAAAGAAUGCGGACGUAGCCAAGAAGUUCAGUUGUUCAGACCAAACAUCAGAUUGAAGAAGAAAGACAUAUGAUCUUAGUGACUUUAACUGUGGAAUGAUUGUUGGUGUAAGCUGGGUUGGUUUGAAUAUCUCAGAAACUGCUGAUCUCCUAGGAUUUUCAUGCACAACACUCUCUAGAGUCUACAGAGCGAAAAACAAAAAAAAAACCAGUGAGCUGCAGUUCUGUGGGCAAAAAUACCUUGUCAAUGAGAGAGGUCAGAGGAGAAUGACCAGACUGGUUCAAGCUGACAGGACUGCAACCGUUAUUUAAAUAAUCACACAUUACAAAAGUGAUAUGCAGAAGAGCAUCUCUAAAUGCACAACAUAUCGAAAAUUGAAGUGGACGGCUACAGCAGCAGAAGACCAUGAACAUACACUCAGCGGCCACUUUAUUAAGUACAGGAGGUACCUAAUGAAGCAGCCAAAGAGUGUAAUUCACUUCUCCUGCCCACCACCCCACCUAAUGCUGCCUGAUCAGUGUGUUCUCAGUAUUUUCUGUUUUCUUUAUGAAAGAACAAAGUUACUGUUGUUCCCACUAAAUCCACAAAAGUAUCUCAACCCUGUAAAUUCUUCAAAGGUUUGAAAAGUCAAAGUACAUUUAUUGUAUGAGAUUCAUCUUCUUGCAGGCAGCCACAAAACAAUGCCACACAAUAGAAUCCAUGAAAACCCCACAUGAUAAAAGACCGACAGACAUUCAGUGUGUGAAAGAAGAAAAGAUCAUGCAAACAAAGAAAAAGAUAAGCAGGUAAUACACAGAGUUGCCGAGGGUGAAUCUGCAGCCACAGAGCCAGCUCUGCACUCAGGGAAGUGUAGCUGGUCCAGAACCCAAGAGCCACACCACCAAUCAGCCAAUGUCCAAUCCCUGCUACCUUGUUCAAUUCAACUGGUGUUUGAACUCAACUGUUGAGAUGUAUUUUAAAAUUAAAGUGAUCUUUUUAAGCUGUGAAGCACAACUUUCAAAAAUGACUCUGAGAACUAGAUACUCCCAGGAGACUAAUGGUCAUAAAAGUAUAUCCAUAUCUUUAAACUGGACUCGAUGACUCUAUAUCCAAUCAGUUUAAAAUCCUAAGUUAUGCAGCUGGGCGAAGAAUAGAUGUUCAUUAUUGAGUCAUAAUAUUGACAUGUUUCUGUUAUUCUUGGGAUAUCUCAGGAAAGGCCAGUAUUUACUGCCCGUCCCUUACUGCCUUUAAGAAGUGGGGAGAUUUCUCCUGCAUGUCUGCCAUCUAAACACUGCUUCCACGGUGCUUUUAGAUAAAAUGUUCCAGGAUUUUGACCCUACCUUAAAAGUGUGUGCCCAGGAAGGAAUGGGGCGAUGCGGCUUCAAGAGGGCAGUCGAUGUGAUGUUCUGCUUGGAAUUGGAUUGCCGUUGACUCCGCUCUCGAUAUGGAAGUUUGGGAAACAGGGACUCUGGACUCCAGCACCAAUGUUUCCAUAACGAUCUCCCUCAACAACCUCGGCAUGGCUUUGGUGGAUUCUCAAGGUUUCUUUGCUGAACUCUUCUUUGAGAGGGAAGGGAAACCCAGAGAGAUGACUCUGGGCUCGGAUACAUGAACUACAGCUGAGUGCAGCUCUAAGUGAAUAGCGCACACUGAAAAACAAACGACAAAUAGCAAGACAUAUUUCAAGCUGGUCAUUCCCCUCCCAUCAAAGGUUGACCCAUCUGGGUGGAAUUUCUGGUGACUCCCACUGCCUUGCCAUUGGAAAUGUGUUGGACAAGGGUCUUCAUGCCUCAGUUUGGUGUUUCUCCUGACCUAUAACUAGAGGAGGGGAGAACUACUUACCCUCACCCUAGCCCCCACAUCUGUGCACACACCGACAUCCAGACCCACUGACAGAAACUCCAGGUGGCUUUGGCAUCUGUAAGACAUCCACAAAGUCAUCGAAGAUUUACAAAACAGAAGGGAGCCGUUUGGUCCAUCCUGUAUGUGGUGUUUGAGAAAGAGCUGCAUUGCCCCAGCCAGUCUUCCAUCUCAUGGUCUGUAGCCUUGCAGGUCAUGGCUCUCCAAGUGCUGUGGAGGGUUUCUGCCUCGAUCUUCCCUUCAGGCAGUGAACUCCAGACCCCACCACUCUCUGGGUGAGAACAUUUUUCCUCAAAAACCCUCUAACCCUUGUCCAGUCACUUUACAUAGAGCAGCUUCUCAUUGCAUCUGUCUAGAUUAGUAGAUUAACAAGGUUAAUUCAAUGCACAAACUGAAAUUAAAAUCCAAUUAAAACAAUGUGAAAAUGUUUUACUUUUGUCUAUAUUCCUAUUGUAUUAACCAUCCAAACUCUACAUCUUAGUUCACAUUUCAUUCCUUUAAUUAAUUUGAGAACAUAUUUAAAGUACUUUGUUAAAUAUUUGUUUGGUAAGGAUAGUUUUUGCAAACAGUUUAAUUAAAUGGACCAUUGUUACUUAAAAUAAUAUUAAUAUCAGAUGGGUUAUUUAUGUUUUGAAGAGGUUUGGAGCAGUGCCUAUUUCAAUGGCAGCCACUAUUUAUUUCUUGUUUGUGUGCAGAAAUGAGAAUGUGUAAAUUUGAAGAAUCGGUACUGGGCUCCAGCUAUUUAUUUUGCAGGUGAGGUUUGAUACCAUUUCUCGCAUUGUUUCAUCACUCAUCAGUUCCAUCAAACCAUCAGACACAGGAGCAGAGUGAGGCCAUUUGGCCCAUAAAAUCUGCUUCACCAUGGCUGAUUUAUUAUCCCUCUCAACCCAAUUCUCCUGCCUUCUCCCUGUAGUCUUUGGUGCCCUGACCAAUUGAGAAUCUAUCAGCCUCCUCUUUAAAUAUACCCAGUUACUUGGCCUCCACAGCCAUCUGUGGCAACAGAUUCCACAGAUUUACCACCCUCUGUAUAAAGAAAUUUCUCCUAAUCUCCAUUCUAAGGGAAACUCCUUUUAUUUGAAACUAUAUCUCUGGUCCUAGAUUCUCCUGUUAUUGGAAGUAUCCUCUUCAUGUCCAUUCUGUGUAGGCCUUUCAAUGUUUGGUAGGCUUCAAUGAGAUUCCUCCCCCUCAUUCUUCUAAAGUCUCGCAAAUAUAAGCCCAGAGCCAUCAAACACAGUUCAUGUGUUACCCUUCAAUUCCUGGGAUCAUUCUCAGGAACUUCCUCUGGAUGCUCUCCAAUGCUGGCACAUUCCUUCUUAGAUAUGGGGCCCCAAAGCUGUUUGCAGUACUCCAACUGCAGUGUAACGAGCCUGCAUGCAUCAUCAAAUUAUGCCUGUGUGACUGACUGACUCAUUGGAUUAUGGAGGGAAACCGGAGCACCAGGAGGAAAUGCAGUUAUGGGGAAACGUACAAAUUCUUUACAGACUUUGGCAGAAUUGAACUCAGGCCACUGCCCCUCUGAAAGCAUUAUGCUAACCACUACACUAUCAGGCUGCCUGAAAAUAAAGUCCUAGCAUUACAUUUUUACUUUUAUAUUCUAGUUCUCUCAAAAGACCGCUAGCAUUGCAUUUGCCUUCCUUACAACUGACUCAACCUGCAAGUUAAUCUUUAGUGAAUCCUGCACUAGGACUUCCAAGGCCCUUUGUAUCUCUGAUUUCUGGAUCUGCUCCCCAUUUAGAAAACCGUCUAUGGCUUUAUUUCUUCUUCCAAAGUGUUUGUCAUGCAGUUCCCCCCACAGUAUUCCAUCUGCCAUCUCUGCUCAUUCUUCCAAUCUGUCUAAGUUCUCCUUCAGAUUCCCUGCUUCCUCAACAGAACCUGCCCUUCCACCAACCUUUGCAGUAGCUGAAAACCAGGCCAUGAAGCGAUCAAUUCCAUCAACCUUUGUCUAUCCUGCCUGUUAUUUCGUCAACGAAGUUCAACAGAUUUGUCAGGCAAGGUUUCCCCUCAAGGAAACCAUGCUGACCUUGACUUAUUUUAUCAUGUGCCUCCAAGUACACUGAAUCCUCAUCCUUAAAAACAGACUCUACAUUUUCCCAACCACUGAAGUCAGGCUAACUAGCCUAUAAUUUCCUUUCUUCUGCCUCCCUUUCUAGUUAAAGGGUGGAAUGACAUUUGCAAUUCUCCUGUCUUCCAAACUCAUUCCAGGAUCUAGUGAUUCUUGACUGAUGCCUCCACAGUCUCUUCAGCUACCUCUUUCAGGACACUGGGGUGUAGUCCAUCUGGUUCCGGUAAUUUAUCUACCUUCAGACCUUUCAGAUUCCCAAGUAUCUUCUCUUUAUUAAGAGUGACUAUACUACUUCCUCCUGACAUGCUUGAAUUUCUGUCAGGCUACUAGUGUCUUUUACAUUGAAAACGGAAACAAAAUACUUGUUCUGUUUGCCAUUUUUUCCCCAUUACUACCUCUCCAGUGUCAUUUUCCUGCACUCCAAUGCCCAUUCUUUUACUCUUCAUGUAUCUGAAAUAACUUCUGCUAUUCCCUUUUAUAUUAUAGGCUAAUUUACCUUCAUAUUUCAUCUUUCCUCCCCGCCAUAGCUUUUUCAGUUGUCUUCUGCUUUUAAAAGUUUUCCAGCCCUCUAACUUCCCACUAAUUUUUGUUAUAUUAUAUGCUCUCUUGUGCUUUUAUGCUAUCUUUGACUUUCCUUGUUAGCCAUGGUUGCCCCACUAUCUCUUUAGAAUACUUCUUCUUUGGGAUGUAUCUUUCCUGUGCCUUCCAAGUUGCUCCCAGAAACUCAAGCCAUUGCUAUUCUGGUGUCAUCCCUGCUAGUGUCCCCUUUCAGUCAAUAUCAGCCAGCUGCUUUCUUCCAUGCCUCCACAGUUAUUUUUACUCCAUUAUAACACCAAUGUGUCUGAUUUUAGCUUAUCCUCAAAUUGCAUGGUGAAUUCUGUCAAAUUAUGACUAGGUCUCCUAAGGGUUCCUUUGCCUUAAGUUCCCUAAUAAAAUCUGGUUCAUUACACAAUACCGAAUCCAAUACAGGCUUUCCCAUAAUGGGAUUGACCACAAUCUGUUCUUAAAAACUCAUCUUUUAGAUAUUCUACAAAUUCCUCCUCUUUGGAUUUAGCGCCAGUCCUACUUCCCCAAUCUACCUGCAUUUUGAAAUCCCCAUGACCAUCAUAACAUUAUCCUUUUUACAUGCCUUUUCUAUCUCCUACUGUAAUUUGUGUCCCACAUCCUGGCUGCUGUUCAAAGGCCUAUGUAUAAUUCCCAUCAGGAACAUUUUGCCCUUGCAGUUUCAUAACUCUAUCCACAAGGAUUCUACAUCAUCUAUGUCACUACUGUGAUUUCAUUUUUUUACCAACAAAGCUACCCCAUUCCCUGUGCUCAGCUGCCUGUCCUUUCAAUGUGAUGUUUAUCAUUGGAUGUUAAGCUCCCAGCUGUGACCUCCUUCCAGCCAUGAGUCUGUGAUGCCCACAUCAUCCCCCAAUUUGUCUUCCUAAUUUCCAAGUGCUCAGUAUCUCAAAACUUACUGUGAUAUAUGUAAAAAUAAAUAUGGACCAGGACUUCCUUUGCGUUUAUGCUGAAAUACUAUGUAAAUGAAGUUGGAGCUCCAUCAAACAAUAACUUACACCACUCUUUAAAAAAGAGGGUUUCCCUGAUUUCAGGUAACUUAAGAGAUCUUGUGACGUUAUUCUCUAUGAAGAGAAUGUUAUUUUCGUACAUGCGUCCACUGAAAAGUUACAAGGACAAGUAAUUUAAUAUCUUUCAUUAAAUUUUGUACACUGUAAAUGGCUUACUCCAUUUUGUUCCCUGUCUAUCUAGCUAGAUGUUAUCUCCUGGAUACUACCCUGUUACUGAUUGCCAGUAAUUGUGACAUGUUUGUUUAGUCAUGCAACCUUUUUUAAGAAUUUCACUUGAGCCUAAUUAAUUAUUUUUCUAAGUAACUUUCAUUAAAAUGCGGGAUGAAAACAAUUGGUUUGUGUGAUCAU